GUACUGGCAUUUGUAAUCCCCACGCAGCUCCAGAGCGUGACACACAGGGCACUUCACAGGCUCUUCCACACAAGAAGCUGUUUGUUUGUGGUCCUGCACAUAGCCUUGCAAGCUGCAGUGUAUGGGGAGUACACGUGGGAAGUGUUUGUUUACUGCUGGGAGCUGCAGUUCCCCCUCCUCCUCCUGCUGCUGCCCUACCUGCUGCUGGCUGGGAACGUGGGCUGCUUCAUCCUCUGCUCCCGGGCCGAUCCUGGUAUAAUAACAAAAUCCAAUCACGCCUCGCUGGUUGGGAUUUACGCGUAUGAUGGUGUGUUAUUUCAGAAAGGCGCCGUGUGUCCUACGUGCGACGUGGAGAAGCCAGCCAGAUCGAAACAUUGCAGUUUCUGCGGUAGGUGUGUGCAUCGUUUCGAUCACCACUGUGUGUGGGUCAACAACUGCGUCGGUGCCUUCAAUGCCAAGUAUUUCCUCCUUUACCUCGUCACGCCGGGCGCCGCCGUUGCAGCCGUCACAGCCGCAUUUCUCAUCCGAGUGGUGCUGCUGUCAGAUCUGAUGCGUGGGAGUUACGUCGAUGAGCAAGGACAAGAGCAUGCUGUUGAGAUUCUCUUCCUUGUUCAGCACCUUUUCUUGACUUUUCCUAGGAUUGUCUUCAUGCUGGGUUUUGUUUUCCUUCUCACGCUCGUACUGGGCGCAUACUGCUGUUUCAGUCUGUAUUUGGCUCUAACCAACCGAACUUCCAACGAGUGGUACAAAUCCAGAAGAUACGGGUGUUCCCACCAUCUAACGCUGCAGCCUCAUGACAGACGAGGUGUCUACAACAACAUUUAUUCUAAAGGCGUCUGGAUGAACUUAAAGGAAAUCUUUAAGCCUCCUACGGCGCUGGAAAGAAAGAAGACGACAUGA